AAACUGAAUCAACACCAACAAGAACAAGAAUCUAUCUAUAAUCAAGGUAAUUUUAAUAUCGAACUAUCACCGAUGAUUGAGAAUGACACCAGUUCCGGAGAACUAUUACAAACCAUUGUUCCAUAUAGUUCUGACGAAUUUGAGAGUCCUAGAGCUAAUCUUUCUUCUGCUGGAAAUCAAGUGAACCAUCGGGAUCAAAUCAGCUAUGGCCCCAAUAACUACAGCAACAGGGUCAACAGAUCAGAUAUUAUUAGCAUAGAACCAGUAGGAUAUUAUUCCCAUGGUAAUACAGAUUGUAUGAAUAACAGAGGUGAAAACCGAACACAUGGGAAUAAUUCCAUUUUAGACAACAGGGAGACUGCAAAUAGAACAGAUGUUAAUCUGGCAACUGAUAACCAAUGCAUUGAUGUAACUUACUGGAAUCCAGGAUUUUCAAGUGAUGAAGAUAUGGAAAUGUUUGAGGAUCAAAAUCAGAAGAAAAAUGCAGUAAUAAUAGGAAAACCUCCAAGUGUCUCAGAAACAUCAAAUAAAUCCACUAAUAAAAUAAAUCCAGUAGGAGCUAGGGGAAGCAACUCUUUCUCAACUAACAAUCAAAACCGAACUGAAUUGAAUGAUAAAUUGGGCAAUCGUACGAAAAUCUCAGAUGUAACGGAUUCUAGUGGAGCUGUAAAUAAAUCCACCAAUAAGAACUACUCACAAAUACAGAAAGAGAUGUUGAUGGAAGUAGAUAAUCUGUUUUGUGGUUUGGAUUCAGACACGGACGAGGAAAAAGAGACAGGGUUUAACGAUGCAAUAAUUAAAGAGGAUAUUUGUUUACCAUCUCUUAAUUAUACAAGAAGAUCAAAUCAAAGUCGUCAGAAUCACAUUCAAAACAUCGGAAAGCAAAAUUCUGAAAACGCAGCUCUAAAUCAAAAUCAUGCAAAUUCUCAUCAAAAUCGUCAAAAUUAUGGUCUGAACCCAGACAGUCACCAUCAAUAUCUUAAAAAUUCAAAUCACUACGCUGAAAGAUGUGAUGGUGAAAAUGGAGUUAACAAUAAGUCUCAAAAUGUUGCACAAACAGAUAACAGCAUUAAUGUUCUAGAAAACCAAAAUUUGAGAAUGUAUUCAUCUGAAAAACAGAAAAUUACGGAUAGACAACAGACCUCAAAUAUUUUUCAGGUAGAUUUCGAUGAUGAUUUUGAUCAGUUAGAUACUGAGUUGUCUCCCCCUAGAAAUCAGAAUAAUCCAGAUAGGGGCCAUACUAAUACUAAAAAUAUAUUUGAUCUGUAUAAAGAAGAAAGCCAAAAAAGACUACAUUCAACUGAUUCAUCUGUUUUAGAUCAGUCAGAUUCACAUCAAAGCGACAAUCUGACAGGACAGAUAAAUCCAGCUUUUCAUCAACUGGAUCAUUUAGAUCUAACUAAUACUGCAAUAGCUGGUAUAGAUUCGAAUAAAGGACAACUUUUGAAAGUUCUACAAAAAUCCAAUGUUCCAGAUGAUUUUCAGGAUGACUGGGAUUGCUCUCAAAUUAUUCCACAGAUGUCCUCAUCCUCUCGAUUACAAGAAUUAUAUCCUGUACAAGAUUCAAAAAGAUGUCACUAUGGUAACACAUCCAAUAUCAACAGAUUGAACCACUGUAAAAAUAUGGAGCAGCCCUUCCCACGAAAUCAAAAUAAAAUAAUUGAAAACACAGGAAUGCAAAAUCAUACCGAAGUGAAAAGUGAGUAUACAGCAAAUUCUACUAUUCCAGAGAAAAUCAGUGUCUCCAGACGCAAGGAUGUAAUGAAUGGUCCAAUUUAUUCUCUGUCUUCUAAUUUAUCUGCUCAAACAAAUAAAAACAUUUCUAGAAACUCCUCCAUUAAAAGAAGCAAUGAAAAACCUGGGACAGACCUUCAAUACAAAGAGGUAGAACAAUCAACAACUCAGCCACAAGGAAAUCACACCUCUGAAGACUUUAUUGUACCGUCAAAAGUUCAUUCCAAACCAAAAUUCAAUUUAAAAUCAGUAGAUUAUAUUUAUUCGGAUGAUGAUACAUCAAAUACAUUAAAACUAUCUCAGCAUGACAGGGUCUUAUGUCAGCCUGUAAAACAUGACCAAUCAAAAGAUAGAUUUCAAGAAAUGAUUCCAGUCAUAGAUUCGUUGGCCGACAGUAAUAGCCGCAGAGUUGACGUUCAGAUAAAUGACAGAAUUGGUAGUAAAUGGAACGACUCAGAAUGGCAAAGUUACCAAGGAGAUUUCAAUGAAUCAUUUAGAUCUGGUUCUAGAUCAGUGGGCAAUAAUCUUGGGGAAAGAGAUAUUGACAAAACAAAUGCGAGAUUACCAUACAAAGAAUCACCAGAAAAGAGUUUCAGGGCUAAUGAGUCAUUAAGAACUCAUGGUAGUAUUGGUGACAUUGUCAGACGAGACUAUGUCAUGCCAAGGAACGAUGUAGCAGAACACAUUGAUCAUUUUCAUCAACCACCUUACAAACUAUCAUCUCAUGCAUUGGAGGCUAACAAACCACCAGUAAACACAUCAUCGGAGAAGUCUAUCUAUAAAGACAUAAAUACUGAAAUAUCGUCAGAUAUUUAUCAGGCCAUGGAAGCACAGACAUCUGUUUCUAGGCAACCUCAGUACAGAUUGUCAUCAUCUGAUGAUUAUCAAGCUAAGGUCCCAGAGAUAUCUGUCUCUGGUGAAAUGGCAUACAGAUUGACAUCAACUGAUGAUUAUCAAGCUAAGGUACCAGAGAUAUUUGUUUGUAGACAACCUCAGUACGGAUUGACAUCACCAGAUGGUUAUCAAGCUAAGGUACCAGAGAUAUCUGGUCAUGGUGAAAUGCCAUACAUAUUGACAUCAACUGAUGACUAUAAAUUAACAUGUUAUAAAGAUAAAGAUGUUAAUACCAGCCCUAUCAACUGUAGUAAAGAACAUAGAUAUGGUCAGGUGUUAGCAUGGGUACCAGAUGAUGGUGGAUCACCUAGACCUACAACUUUACCAUUAAAAUCACCUGUGCCUCCAGCUUACCUGUCGCAGUCACCACCUUUAAUUAACAGUGAAAGAAUAAUGUUGACUAGUGAUCCUGUGAAACCAGAAAUAGAGAAAUCUGUUGGAUUAUCCAGUUUCUUCUGUCCUAUUGUUAAGGUAGAUGAUAACAAUCAUGAUAACUUCAAUAAUCUGUUUGAAGGCAUUUUUUAGUUGAAGAAAUGGCUGUAUCUUAUACUGUAAUAACCAACCUCAUCCUGUUGGAAGUGUAAUAAAUGUAUCUGUACUCUUUUAGAUCCUGUACAGUAUUUUCAAGUUCAUCAGCUGUUAAAUAAUGAUAAAUUUCAGUUGAUAUACUGUACUGUGCUUUCAUUCUGCAUAAAGUGGGUGGAAAAUGUUGUUUGAGGUUUAUUAUAGUGAAAAAUGUUAUUUGAGGUUUAAUUAUAGUGAAAAUUCUUAUCUUGGAAUGUUUGAUUAAAAUCUGCAGCGGCUUGCAGAGCUUUAAUAUAGUGAAAAAUGUAGUUUGAGGUUUAUUAUAAUGAAAAAUGUUGUUCAAGGUUUAUUAUGCGGAUGUUGUCUUGGAAUGUUUGAUUAAAACCUGCAGUGGUUUGCAGAGCUUUAAUUGGUGAUGUCCUAGGGCUGACGUCUUGAUUGUAUGCCCCCCAAGAUUCCAGUAUACCCCCCCCCCCCACCACUCUGUCCUUGCUUAUUAAAAGACUUUUAUAUUUAUUUUCACCCUUUAAUUGGAUCCCCCCCCCCACUUACUAAAAUGAUGCUAUGAUCCAUUUGCACGCCUCCAUUUGUCUAUUCAAAGAUUUACCUUAGCCACAAUAAUUCCUGUCAUCAACUUGAAUCCAAGUUAUAAGUUUUCCAACUGAACACAAUCUCUAAAAUGUCUUAACUCAGUUUAAGAUACAUUGACACAUAUCUGUGAUUUUUAUAUGCCCAUGUCACUGACUUUUUGAGAUUUUCUUUCAAACAAGCUGGGAUUGUUUGGCUAGUCAUUACUGUGAUAUAAGGGACCCAUCGAACGGAACUAUUUUUUUCUUCGAUAAUCUUGAAGUCUUCAAAUUUCAUAUACUAUAUUAUGCAAUUUAUUUUUCAUUUUUGUUAUACAAAUUAUAUAUAUUUCUACUGCCAAAUAAUUAAUUUUAUGUAGAAUUUGUUAUAUUAUUUAUCUUGUUAAUGUUAACCAGCAGCUGUGAUAAAUUAUUUUGAGAUUGUUUUGUGCAUUUCAAAUUCUGUUUAAUAUAUCUGAUAUCUAAUUUCAUGUCAGAUAAUUGGUUUACAAAUUUUAUUUUCUUAAAGAUACAUUAUGUAAGAUUUAGAGAGAGAGAGAAAUGGGGUUUAACGUCCACUCGACACAAACUAGGUCAUUUCAGGACUAACAUAUGGUUUAAUUUUUAUUUCAAUAAUUCGCUUGCGCGUAGGGGUCUUUAGCUGUGGGAGGAAACCGGAGGACCCGGAGAAAACCCACGAGGUUGGACAGGCAACCCUACUCCUUGUCACGUACAACCGGAGAAUCGAAACCCCGCCAGUUGACUCAAUGACAGACCGUAUGAUACAGCACGCACGUGCUAACCAUUCAGCCAUCCACCCCCCCUGUAAGAUUUAGAUAAAGAACUGACCAUCCUUGCUAUAAUAGCUCAAAAACAAAUAAUGUAAAAUGAAAAUAUUGAAAAUUUCAUUCAAAUUACUUCAAUCUGAGCUAAGUUAUGACUUUUUGUAAUUUUGACAAGAUGUGUGCAUCGUGGUAACCAGGGCAAUGGUAUAUUCGAGACUUAGCCUCGCUUUCCCAUUUUUGAAUUAAAUUUUUAAAUGGCUAACUGUUCUAUUCUAGUUAAAAUCUUGAGUAUUUGAUGCCAUCGAGAGUUGAUUAUGGUCUUGUUUUGUUAAUAAAUGUCUAAUUAAUAGUUUAUAUAACAUUUCAGGCCUAAAGAAAGACCUGCAAUAGGCAGAUUUAGCUCUUGCAUAAAGUAUGUUUAAGUCCGGAAAUAAAGUAAUUGUGUAUAAUAUAUUGCACAUUAAACACUAAUGUGGCUGACUAUUUGUAACUUUAAAUUAAAGAUGCAUUAUGUAAGAUGUUGUUCCUAUAAUAGCUUAACUAUUAAUAGAAAAUGAAAAAUUAAUAUGUUGAAAAUUUCCGUCAAAUUACUUUAUUUUGAGAAAAGAUGUGAAUGUUACAAGUUAAAAGAAUAGUGUAGUCGAUUUUCAUUACUACCAUUGUUAAAAUAAUAAACAAAGUCUUGAUUAUCCAUUUUAAAAUUAAAUGAUUAAAUAGUGAUUGUGUUUCAAUCCACAUUCACAAUUUAUAUAACAUUUGAGGCCAAAAGAAGAUCUGCUAUAGGCAGCUUUAUCUCUUACAUAUUGUGUCUUUAUAAUCCUUGAAUUGCAUUUAGUGAUUGAGCACAAUAAAAAAAACGCAACACAAUUUAUAUGGAAAACAAUCACUGGCUUAUACACAUAUAGCACAACAUUUCAACAAGUAUUCUCUUAUCAUUAUCUUGUACUUGAUAACGAUAAGAGAAUACUUGUUGAAAUGUUGUGCUAUAUCCAGUAAUUGUAUUCCAUAUAAAUUGUGUUGUUUUUUAUAUUUUGUCUUUAAUAAUAAUAAUUGUGAGCCAUGGUCAGUCUUGACUUUGACAGCUUAAAAAUAUUAUGUGUAACU